GAUAACGGCGUUGGAAAAAGCUGUGAUCUACCUCGGUCCAGCUAAUUUCUAAUCUAAUCAGUUGUUUCUCGGCAAAAACCAACACUAAUUUACCGACAAAUGUAACUGUUUGGACACAGGGCCACAAUGGGAUUCACACCGAGUCUCUUUCUUGGCGUUAAACCGUCGAAAGCGACGCCGCUGCUGCCUUUUCUGCUCACAAUCCUGCUCGUCGGCAGCCAAGGCGACGGCAAUGCGAUGGACAACGUCGCAACUGAGAGGAUGGCUGAGGAAAGCCACCGACAGGACAGUGCCAAUCUACUGAUAUUCAUAAUGCUGUUAACGCUCACCAUACUAACGAUAUGGCUUUUCAAACACCGCCGAUUCAGGUUCCUGCACGAAACAGGACUUGCUAUGAUCUAUGGCCUGCUGGUGGGUGUGAUCCUACGGUUUGGCAUCCACGCGCCCCAAAGCAUGAGCAAUGUGAUCCUCGGCUGCGCCGUGAACGCCAGUCCUGCCACUCUCCUGGUUAACGUCAGCGGGCGGUUCUACGAGUACACUCUGAAGGGGGAAGUCGCACAGGGCAAAGAUCACCAAGUGCAAGAUGAUGAGAUGCUGAGAAAGGUGACCUUUGACCCAGAGGUGUUUUUCAACAUUUUGCUGCCUCCAAUUAUUUUCCAUGCGGGUUACAGUCUAAAAAGGAGACAUUUUUUCAGAAACAUCGGUUCCAUCCUGGCCUAUGCUUUCAUGGGAACAGUUAUAUCCUGCUUCGUUAUCGGGCUGACCAUGUAUGGCUUUGUGUCCUUCAUGAACAUUGUGGGGCAGCUUGGUGGAGAUUUUUACUUCACUGACUGCCUCUUCUUUGGGGCCAUCGUUUCAGCAACAGACCCUGUGACAGUUCUUGCCAUCUUCAAUGAGCUAAAGGUAGACGUGGACCUCUACGCUUUACUGUUUGGGGAGAGUGUCCUCAAUGAUGCUGUGGCCAUUGUCCUCUCCUCCUCCAUUGUGGCGUAUCAACCUGCAGGCGACAACAGCCACAGCUUUGAGGCCAUGGCCAUGUUGAAGUCUUUUGGUGUCUUUUUGGGCGUCUUCAGCGGAUCUUUUGCUCUUGGAGUGGUUACGGGAGUCGUGACCGCUCUCGUCACCAAAUUCACUAAGCUGAGGGACUUCCCCUUGCUGGAGACGGCUCUCUUUUUUCUGAUGUCCUGGAGCACUUUUCUCUUGGCUGAGGCCUGUGGGUUCACAGGUGUGGUUGCUGUGCUGUUCUGCGGGAUCACGCAGGCUCACUACACCUACAACAACCUCUCACGGGAGUCUCAGGACAGAACCAAACAGUUGUUUGAACUGCUGAACUUCCUGGCAGAGAACUUCAUCUUCUCCUACAUGGGUCUGACGCUGUUCUCCUUCCAGUCGCACGUCUUCAACCCUCUCUUCAUUAUUGGAGCCUUCGUGGCAGUGUUUCUGGGCAGGGCUGCAAACAUCUACCCUUUGUCCUUCUUCCUCAACCUGGGCCGCAAGAACAAGAUCGGAUACAACUUUCAGCACGUUAUGAUGUUUGCAGGUCUGCGUGGGGCCAUGACCUUUGCACUGUCCAUCCGCGACACAGCGACUUACGCCCGCCAGAUGAUGUUUUCAACCACCCUCUUAAUUGUUUUUUUCACUGUCUGGAUCUGUGGUGGUGGCACCACACCCAUGCUGUCUUUCAUGAGCAUACCGGUGGGUGUGGACUCGGAUCAAGAAAACACUAAUUCAGGUGCGUUGGAUGGGUCACAGCGGCGGAGCACCAAACAUGAGAGCGCCUGGCCUUUUAGGAUAUGGUAUAACUUUGACCGCAACUACCUGAAACCCCUCCUGACCCACAGCGGUCCGCCUCUCACUGCUACUCUGCCUGCUUGUUGUGGACCUCUGGCUCGAUGCCUCACCAGCCCACAGGCCUAUGAGAAUGAAGGUCAGCUCCAUGACGAUGACUCUGACUUCAUCCUGAAUGAUGCCAGUGUGAGCUCCAUGUACGCUGAUGUCACCGUCAGCACGGACGCCUCCGGAUCCCGCACCAUCAACCCCAAGCGCUCCAGCGCCGGGGGUGGAGGCUCUUUCGAUGAAGGUCUGGAUCACGAGCUCUCCCUGGCAGAGCACGAAGUGGCGAUCCGGGGCACGCGCCUGGUCUUGCCCAUGGAUGACCCCGCGGAAACCCCGACUACUGUCACCCUGCCGCCGCCACCCUCCCCACCGCGCUCUGAACCUCGCAGGCACAGAUUGUAAGAAGGCUGGCACUGUGAGGAUGCAGUUUGUUUUCAACUUAAAGAAAAAAAAAAACACACAAAUGAUCAAAAUAAUGACACAGUAACACAACAAAUAUUAAUUCAUUUGGAUGUUCAGAAAACACAAAUGCUUUUAUGAUACGAGUCUCAUGUAGAUUGGACCGCCACUCUAACAUAAAAUCAUUUCAGGUUGAUUUAAGUUGCGAUUUUAGGGGAUUAUUGUGACAUUGAAUGUGAUUACAUGCAAGUGGAGUUUAAAUCAAGAGCUUUUCAAAAAAAUCUUACAACGUGCUCAUUUUGCCCUGAUUGAGGAGGCUUUCCUCUUGUGUUUGUCCUACAACGGUGAUGUAACAGUGCUCUCUAAACCCGGCUGUAUAUGCAGUUCAGCAGCUUCUGCGUUUGUCCCUUUAUGUGUGAAGAUCACAAUCACUCUGAAACAAUGCUCUGGUACCAUUUAUAACAUUAAGCCCAUUCACACUACAGUUUGGUAACGAAUCCCACUAACAUAUCCACAGACUGGUUCCACUAGUCAUUUUUCUCUGCGUCCCUCCAAAAUGUUCAUCGGUGGUACAAGGAGGUGAUUGGGAGAUUAUUGAAGGAGGAAGCACAAAGACCUGAGCAGAGCCAGCAGGCAGGUACUGAUAAAAAAAGAACAAACUGCUUCCACAACAGGGCCCAGGAACGUCUGCUCUGUCUUUGAUUUUAGCACUGCCUCUUAAUCAGUCCAUUUACUGUUUGAUUUAUUUAUGUAACUUUGAUUUAUUUAACACUAAAUGAUUUAUUUAUAUACUGAUUUAUUUAGUUUAUUUAUUAUUUAUUUAUUUUUUUUGUGUGACAUUUCUGACUGCUUCUUGGUG